CAAACAUUUCUUAUCCACUUGUUAACAUGCAAAUGAUACCGUUAUGGCAUUAAGUACUUAAGCUUUACUUCGAUGAAGGAAUCUAUUGGUCUGUCAAGGUCGAGGGACAGAAGUGAACUGCGUGCGAAUGAGGCGUUCCGAAGGGGUGGAUCCGCAACGCGCAUGCUCCUGCAGGAGAAGGGUUGGAGUAAUUUGCGAUGUAAAAAAGGGAUAAGAAAAUGAGAUGAUAGCAAAUUUCUUGGCAUCGAAUCGAAUUGAAUUAUUUAUUAUUCACUUGAAGAGAGACGAUUAGAAAUAUUAAUGAAGAUACGCUUACGUGGGGUUGAAGAUAAUCAAUGUUGGAGGACCUCAAUAGUCGGCAAUAUGCUUUCGAAGGAGGAUGAUUAUAUUGACAACGAGUAUUAUAUUUACAAUCGUCGAUUUUUUCGUUUAAUUGGAUUUUGGCAACAUCAGACGUCAUCUAAGAAUGUAAUUUAUAUUUGUUUCAUUAAUUUCAUGUUAUUAUUUGGAUCAUUUGAACAGAUUUAUUUUCUGUUCAUGUCUGAAAGAAAAUUAAUGUCAAUCGCCAAAUUAUUGGAAACAUCAUUGCCAACAUUAUGCUUUGGAUCUUGCUAUUGUAAUUUAUUGCUGAAUUAUAGAAUUAUGAAGAAAAUUCUUUAUCGUAUCAAAUUCGAUUGGGAUAAUCUUGCAGACAAACCAGAAUUAAUAAUACUUAAGAAAUACGCUGAAAUUAGUCGACUUUGUACAAUAGUAAUCGCACGUGGAAAGCAAUUGAAAGAUUUAUAGACAAUCGACACAAUUUUUAUUAUACGAUUACUAGUCGUGAAUUAAUCGAGGAAAGACAAUGGAUAAUCGAUAUCAUAAAAUUCUAUAAUAAAGCAAUCGAAUUUAUCGAUUUAUUGAAAUUAUUUUACGAGACAAUUCAUCUGCUCGAAGAAUUAUUCGG